AUGACCGGCCGCAAGAGAAAGCAAGAGGAGGAGGAGCUCGUAGCUCUGCCCAGUGAUGACGAAGAGGAGGAGGAGGAGUAUGUCUCUGACGAGGAUGACGAAGAAGCCGGCGACAGUUCCGGAGAUGACGGAAGCUUCAACGAAGAGGAUGCCGAAGAUGACGAGGAGGGCGAAGAAGAAGACGAGGAAGCUGCCCCGGCUCCUCCCAAGAAGAAGAUAAAGACGGCAGCUACCGCCGAGGGUGAUGCGCCUCAGAAGAACGGCCACAAGAACGGUGUCGCCGAGGAUGACGAAGGAGAUGACCAAGAGGAGGAUCAAGAGGGCGAAGAAGAAGGCGACGAUGAUGACGUCGAAGACGAGGAAGGUGCUGAGGAGGAUGAGCCCCCUAUCGCUUCCAAGGGCGUCAAGAAGGCUGCCGCACCGCCUGCCGCCGCCGAGGGCAGCGCUGCUGCUGUUGCCGCUGAUGGUGACGACAAGGACUAA